AUGACCAUUGCAUUUGGUGCAAUGAUCCAGGAAGGGCAUGCCGCACUCAGCAUCAGCCCUGUUGCGGAUCUGCCACAACCGACUUUAGUCGACUUUGGUGACUACGGCGUCGCAGGAGGUCUUUAUCGCCCAUCAGUGAAUAGUAGCAAGUCUCGUAUUGCAGUCUACGUGAUGCACGCAGAAAGCGACUACAUGGCAUUCUCCGCAUGCCAAGAGCUCCCGCGCCGAGGAUUCGUCACAUUCUGCGCCAACAAUGCAGCUGACAAGAGUGGAGUGAUGUCGACCAUGUCUUUCGAAAACGAACUCUUCCACGCCGAACUUGGCAUGCAGUACCUGCGUAACCUGACCGAAAUUGACAAGGUCGUCCUUUUCGGCCACAGCGGCGGCGGCGGUCUAAUGUCCACAUUCCAAAAUGUCGCAGAGAACGGUGUUCCUGCUUGCCAGGGACCGGAAAAGCUGUACAACUGUACCAGUGCAGUGGCAAAUCUGCAUCCCGCCGAUGGAAUCAUGCUGAUGGACGCCAACUAUGGCCUUGCAACAAUGCCCUUCCUCAGCUUGAACCCUGCCCUCGACGGGAUCACUGGUACUAAGGUUAAUCAGAGUCUCGAUCUCUUCAACCCUGCCAAUGGAUUCAUCAAUGGCAACAGCUCAAGAUAUACAACCGAAUUCAAGAAGGCGUACCAGAAGGCCGCGGUUGCUCGAAACGACUACAUUAUCAAAUACGCACAGGAACGUCUGACAGCCCUUGAGGCGAACAACGGAAGCUUCAUCGAUGAUGAGCCUCUUUACAUCACUGAUUCUGCAUACGGCGUCAUGAACAACAAGUUCUUCCCUCAGGAUACUCGAUACAUCGCCCACACCUCCAAGCCUUGGCCCCUCCUUCACAAAGAUGGCUCAAUCACAACGCGCAUCGUCGAAUCAGUGCGUGUUCCAGUGAACUUCGAAAGUUACGCCAAUCAAUACAUCCAGGGAGCUCUCAAAACAACAGUCCGGAGAUAUCUCUCAACUUAUGCCGUCCGUGUGACGUCCGACUUUGACAUUACGCCCACCGGCUUCCAUGGAAUUAACCACGCCUCAGCGCAAUUCUCGCCGUCGGAGUCUGUCAAAGGGAGUUCAUGUUCCUUUGUUGACUAUGGGUAUGACUGGUCAUUGGGAAUAUUUGAACGCAGAGAAUAUUUAUAUCAAUGCCCCGGGUAA